CGGUAAUUUCCCAUCUCGUGCUGUCAAAAUACGCGCCCAAAGAAAACAACUAAUUAUUGUAGCAGACGAUGACUUGCCACCAGGGGAGCACCAGUGGGAACAAACAUGGAUCAAACUGGACUGACGGCUUCGGAGAAAAUUACCCUGUUCAGUGCGUGGGGCUUAAUUCGCAAGGAUUUGGACGUACACGGGCGAAAUGUGCUGUUGCUGCUGUUCCACAAACAUCCGCGCUACAUUGCGUACUUCGAUUUCACGGACGAUCCCAACGCCCAAUCGCUGGUGGACAACAAAUCGCUCUACGAUCAGGCGAUACACGUGUUCAAGGCGGUCGGUGCGCUCAUCGAGUACGGUUUCAAGGAUCCGGUGCUGUUCGAUGCGACGCUGAGAAAGAUCACCCGCCGGCACAAGGAUCGUCCCGUCUAUACCGAGGACAUUCUCACGAUUGGUGAGGUAUUGCUGAACUAUCUGGAGCAGGCGCUGGGGCGCCAAAUGUCCGACUCGCUGCCCGAUGCGUUCUGGAAGCUUUUCCAAACGAUCGCCGGAAGGUUUCCGGCCACCCCUAAGACUCCCAUUGCGGACGAGGGCGGCGAUGAUGCAAACGAUCCACAACCAACAACGAGCCAACGGCAAGAUAGGGCAUCGGACGCACCUUGAAACUGACUGGCAAGUCAGAUUCGAAGGUAUUUUAGAUUUUUGUUUCCCCCGUAAGUACCUUCAGGAAGAUACCGCUGAGUGGAAGUUACUUUCGCGUGCCACAAGAAAUGACGAGAAUUCAUUAAAAGCAUCCUCAAGCAUGGCAGGUGGAGAGCGAGAUUCCAGGAAAGCCGAUUUCGUCGAAUCCGCUUCAAUAUGCUAACGAGCCAAUUAACUGGCCGGGCGGGGGCGGACGCUGGAAUGGAGCUUGUGCUUCAUGCAAAUUAAAAUAUGUCCGGCCGUAGCCGAAUCAAUUGUUUCGUGGAAAAUGAACUCGAAUCUGACGCCAGUCGGACGGACCAGUGAGAAAAUACCUCCCAGGCUACUUCGAUUGAUUGUUUGCAAAGGUGUGAAAACAAUGCGUUGUGGGCUGGGGUCGUUUCAAAUUCGAGUUUCGGUGAGAUUGAACUGGUGCUUUACUAACCGGUUUGCAUACUUUCGGGCGUUUUCUGUUGAACAGAAUAGCUUAAAUUUCCCCUACAGUUAUGCAAACCGCGUAGCAAAAAUA